AUGACCUUGCAAUUUCCUAUCCGAGAAUAUGCUAAGUUCUUGCCAAGAAAAGUUGCCGAUGACAUUCCUUUUUCCAAAUCACAAGUUCCAAGCCUUCUAGAUCUAUUCUCACUCACAAAAGAUUCUCCUCAAGGUCAAGACAUGAUAGACGUAAUUAAUCAAUGUGAGUUUCCACCCAACAAAGGGGAGACCAAGGCUUGUCCUACUUCUUUAGAGUCCAUGCUUGAAUUUGUUCACAGUGUUAUUGGUUCCGAAACUAAUUAUAGCACUCACUCGACUAGCCAUCCCACACCAUCAGGUGCACGUUUGCAGAACUACACUGUUUUGGAUAUCUCAAAAGAUAUCUAUGCUCCUAAAUGGGUAGCAUGUCACCCUAGGCCUUACCCAUAUGCUCUUUACUAUUGCCACUACCUAGACAUAGGGAGUAAGAUAUUCAAAGUUCUUCUAAAGGGUGAAGAUGGAGACAUAAUGAAUGCUUUGGGAAUUUGCCACCUAGACACAUCUGACAUGAAUCCUAAUCAUUUUAUAUUUGACCUACUUGGAAUGAAGCCUGGGGAUGCUCCACUGUGCCAUUUUUUCCCUGUUAAGCACAUUCUAUGGGUGCCACGCCCACCGGUUUCCACACCAGUUGCCACCAUGUGA